AUGUCUCUUUUCCAGGUUGAGGGCUGGAAUCUUCCAGAAAAGGUCGCUGGAGGGCCUACGAAGGGGUCUAAUGAAGGCAAGAAGAAGAAGAGUGCGGACUUGUUGAAGAAAAAGGAGAAAACUCAGCAAGAGAACAGAAAGAUAGCUGCUAGCGAUCUUCAGGAUUUGUAUGAAGGCAAGAAGGACGGCAGAAAGAGGAAGAAUGAUGACUCGUCUGAAAAGGAGUCAGUAAAGCCAUCGCAUGGAUUUGAGAAUCAAGAACCUGUUUCGAAGAAAUCAAAGUCAAAGUCGAGUAAGACUAAAGUAAACAACAGCGAGUCUGCUGCCAAGCCAACAGAGCCAGCGUCAGCUCCUCCAUCUGUGUCUACUCAAAAGCUGACCCCGUUACAACUUAAAAUGAAAGAAAAACUCACUGGAGCAAGAUUCAGAUGGAUUAAUGAACAACUUUAUACAACAACUUCCGAGACUGCUCUCAAGCUGAUUCAGGAGUCACCAGAUAUCUUCGACGAAUAUCACGAGGGAUUCCGCAGUCAGGUCAAGUCCUGGCCCGAGAACCCUGUUGACACCCUUGUGUCUAAGUUUAAAGAGCGUCUUGAAAAGCCAAUAAAUGCCCCCGGUGGAUUGCCCGGUAAUGGUGAUGGUACCGUUGUAGUGGCCGAUAUGGGAUGUGGUGAAGCUCAGCUGGCCAGAGACCUGUAUAAAGUCAAGGGCAGUAAAAAGACUAAAAAGCUGAAAUUCCAGAUUCACAGUUUUGAUUUAAAGAAAGCCAAUGAGCUGAUCACCGUUGCUGAUAUCAAAAAUGUGCCACUACCCGACCAAAGCUGUCAUGUUGUUGUGUUCUGUCUUGCCCUUAUGGGAACCAACUUCCUCGAUUUCGUUAAAGAGGCUCUGCGGAUUCUCAAGCCCAAGGGUGAGCUUUGGAUUGCUGAGAUCAAGUCCCGAUUUGUAAAUGCCGAUACUACACAGUUUGUCGACACGCUGAAAUCGCUCGGACUCUUUCAUAAAGCGACCGACGACUCGAACAAAAUGUUCGUCCGUUUCGAGUUCUUCAAGCCACCUAAAGACAUUCUCGACCAACGCCAGAGAAAGCAAGAGUCGCGCAAGCCGAAGUUCAUCGACCACAAAGAAAACGCCGACGAGGAAAAAGGGCCUGAGGGCACCUGGCUUCUGAAGCCCUGUAUUUAUAAGAGACGUUAA